AUGUAAUAACAGAGAGUUAUAUUUGGUAAUAAGCAAACUCUUUAUAUCGCUACCUAACCUUACUUUUAAGGCACUAAAUAUAAAUUAUUUUUGACUUCAGAGUGCAAUUAUGUAGUCAAAAUAUAUGAUGUUGGACAAGAAAAGGUAUUUAAUUAUAUUCCAAUUUUUUGUAGUAUUUGAAUACAGAGAUUUAAGCUGUCCAUCUCUUAAAAGAUAAUGGAAGUAGCAACAUUGCAAAAUCAUAUGAAGGAGAAUUAUAACCAAAUAAAAAAGUAAUAGUUUUUGAAAAAGCUGAAGUCCUCCAAAAUAUUUUGAAGGAUUCCUAAUAAGGUUUAGCGGAACCUCAAGUCCUAAAAGUAAGCAGAAAAAUAAGCGUAGAUCUUAUUGGAUUUAAGCAAAGCAUUGUAGAUCUGUCAUUCAUUAGGCAUCACACAUCGAGAUAUUAGACCAGAGAAUAUUUUAAUUGGAGCUGAUAAGCAAGCCAAAUUAUGGAAUUUCUAACGUUGUUUUUUCUAAGUAUUUUAGAUUCUAUUUUAGCAAUACGAUCAAAUACCUAAUGAAUAUUUUGGAAGAAUCAAAGAAGAAAUUGAGAUGAACACUUUUGAACAUGUAAGAGCUCCAGAAUAAAAAGAUUUCUCUCAAAGAUUGCCAAUCACUACGAAGGUGGAUAUUUAUGCUCUAGGCUAAUUAAUGUAUUAUAUGAUAUUCAAGGUUCGUUAUGAUUAAAAUCCUAAUUGGGAAGGAAAGUAUAAAUUUAUUUAUAUUAGUGCCUAAUGGGGAAUUUAUAGUUAAAAGUUAUAAAAUCUAAUCAAAUAAUUACUUAUUAUUAAUCCAAAGGACAGAAUAUCAGCUGAUUUAAUAGAAAAAUACAUAAAUUCAAUUCUUACUUAAUACAAGUAAGUUUUAAUUUAAAUAUAUCAUAGUGGAUUGCCAUAAUAAAUCCAUUUAAGAAGUUAAUCAACAAAUGAGAUAUUGAAUCGAGAGACAAUUAAUUAAAUUACGGAAAUAGAGAAAUGUCAUUCAUUUGAAUUUAAGGAUUUAUAAUAACCAUAAUCUUCAUUAUCAACCAGAUUCGUAAAAUUAGUCAGUAAGGUGGCUUAAAAGACAGAUUUUUGGGUGGCUGCAUGCUUAGAAGAGGUUGACGCAGCUCCUUGCUAAAAAUAUUUCAGAUAUCUUCAUUGCAAAGCAUGGUAAAAGAAGCAAAAAAUUUCUAAAUUUUAUGAGAAAGUGUCAAAUCGACUUUAAUUAAACUCUGUAAUAAUAACAUUUAAAGCUUUGUAAUUAAUACAUAACUAUGUGAAAAAAGGUCCUUAAGAAGCCAUUGCAGUAUAAAACUAAACAUAUUCGCCAAAUGCUAUUUUGGAGAGAAUUAAGAAUUUCUAAGAAUAAAAUCAAAUGAAAAGCUCUAAAGAUAAAUUUAGGACAUAGUUUUUUACAAAUUUAUUGUAUACUUAUUCAAUUGUUUUAUUGGAAAAAGUGAAAUUUCAUUCAUUCUAUCUAAAAUUUUUUGAAGGGAAUUAUGCUAUGAUCCCAUUUUUCAAUAGUAUGAAUGGUAUUUAGAAGUAGAAGGUAAGUAUAGCAAUAUUAAACAAUAUGAUGUCUUUAUGGAAAUAAUUAUUAAAUUUCACUUCUAAUAUAUAAUUUCAGGAAUCGAAUUUAAUUAAUUUAUAAUUGGGUCUAGCAAUAACAAUGGCUGAUGAAUUAUAUAAUAUUCUCUGUACGUUUACUCACAUUUUUUAUGCUUUAAAGUAAAGUACUAAUUAUAUAAGUGGAUAGCCCACUAAUAACCUUGAAGUUAAAUAAGCCUUUAUUACAUUGUAAGAAGAUUAUUAGAAUAACUUUUAAUAGACUAUUAAUUUCUUUGCUGUCUGCAAAAGAAUACCAUAAUUUUAAUAAUUAAUACCAGACCCUUCAAGGAAUGUAGUUGAAACUUUAAAGAAUGUGCCAAUGUUUUAAUCAAAAAGAGGAGACUUUAAUAUUAGUGAUUUCUUAAGUUAUUCCAUGUCAAUUGAUGGAAUUAAAUUACCUUAAAGUUAUGGAGAAAUAAUGAUCAAUUAAGUAGUAGAAUAUGAUGAUGAAGCCUUAGAUUAGGAACCUAAAUAUUAAAAAUCAAAUUCAUAUCCAAUAAAAGCAGUAGUGUCUUGUUAAAUUUAAUAAGAAAAAACUAACUAAUUUAAUUUUGAAUAUGAAGUAACAUCAAAUAUUAAUAAAAAUAUGAAUUCUUUACAAAACAUUAUUUAAGAUGAUCAAACAAAUUAAUUUAUGUAGUAAUAAAACUAGUAAAAUUAAAUAGUUGAAAAUUAAAGAGAAUCUAUAAGUAACAAAAACUUAGAAUUUAAGAAAAAGCAAACUAAAUAACAAUAACAAGGAGAAUACAAAGGUUUAGACUUCUCUGAUGAUGAUGAUGAUGAUGAAUCUGAGUAAUUGCCAUAAAAGCCUACUGAAUUAUAACAAACGAAUUUAAGAGCCCCUUUAUCUAAUUAAAAUGUUCAAUUAACAUAAGAAUUAUUAAAUGAUGAAGGAUUUUUAAAUUGGAGACCAAAACAAGAUAAUCAGAUUAAAUCAGAUGGACAGAAUUAAAGAAUUUAAUCAGCCAACUCUUAAUCAAAUAAUAUUUUUGAACAAUUCGAUCUUAAUUAAAAUUAGAAAUAGUUACUCUUUGAUAAUCCUGUCCUACCGUAAUCAUCCUCUUUUUAAGUUGUUGAUUAUUUUAAUAAACAAGGCAAAAGUAUAUAAUUUUAUAAAACUUAGAUGUUUCUGAGUGGAUGAUUAAUCAUGAUUAGUUAAAAUUAGAAACACUUAUUGGUACUGGAAGUAGUUGUACUGUUUAUAAAGGCUAUUGGAGAGGAGGAGAAGUAGCUAUUAAAAAGAUGAAAAUACAAUAAUUAAAUGAAAACCACUUGAAAGAAUUUAGAAGAGAAAUCUCAGCUCUAGUUACGAUAAAAAGACAUCCAAAUUUAGUUCAACUUUUGGGAAUCUCAUAAAAAGAAGAUGAAUUAUAUAUUGUAACAGAGUACUGCGCUGGGGGAACUCUUUUUGAUUUAUUGCAUAGAAAAAAACAUUUAGAAAUUAGUUGGUAAUUAAGAGUUAAAAUGGCAAUUCAAAUAGCUGAUGGGAUGCUUCAUCUGCAUAAAUUAAAUCCUCCGUUAAUACAUAGAGAUCUAAAGAGUCUAAAGUAAUUAUAAUCAUCAUUAAACAGUUUGCUACUUGAAUAGUGCUACGAUUAAAAUAAGAUAAAUAUCAAGAUUGCUGAUUUUGGAUUAGCUAGGGUGUAAGCAGAUAAUGGUGAAUAAAUGACAGGUGUCUUAGGAACUUUUGUAAUUUAAUUAUUUUACAUUAGCAUUGGAUGGCUCCAGAAGUGUUUUAAAAUGUUCCUUAUACUAUUAAAGCUGAUGUCUAUUCAUUUGCAGUAAAAUAAACAGUUCUAUGAAAUUUAGAUAGUGUUAUGGGAAAUAUGUUGUAGAGAAACUCCAUAUAAACAAUUAUCCACUAAUCCACCUGCUAUCAUGAAAUUAGUUGCAGUAGAUAAUGGAAGACCAGAUUUGAGUUUAAUAUAGGUUGGAUGUCCUAUAUUUUUGAAAGAGUUGAUGAUUAAAUGUUGGGAUAAGGAUCCAACAAAACGCCCAACUUUUUAAGAAGUGUUAUAGUACCUAAGGGGAUUUUCAUGA